ACUCACACGCUGAGCUCCUGCAGUCACUGCUGGGCUUCUGUCACUGCCGCACCCAGAGAGCUCCGCGGCUGUGAAUAAUAAACAGCAGCUGUCCCGGGUCACAUGUGACAGUACCGAACCGCACAGCCUGUCCCGGGUCACAUGUGACAGUACCGAACCGCACAGCCUGUCCCGGGUCACAUGUGACAGUACCGAACCGCACAGCCUGUCCCGGGUCACUGACCCUGCAACAUCUCACAGCUGGAUCCGUGCUCUAUUGCUGGAUACUGUACUCUGUCUGACUCACCGCCGGGUCACAUCAGUAUACUCUGUGCUGCUGGAUCUUUACUUUCUGCCGGAUCAAUUCAUUUGCUCCGUUGGGUCAUGUGAUACGGAUUUCCAUGGGAUUGUAGAAGGAAUCAUAUCUGGGGAUGCCGCUGUUUGGAUUAAGCUGUGGAAAGAAUCGGAAGCGUCAAGAGAAAGAGAGGUGCCUGCGUGCAAAUGACCGGGAGUUUAAUCUGAAAUUCAAAUAUGCGACCAAUGAAAUCAAAACCUCAAAAUACAAUUUUUUCACCUUUCUUCCUCUGAACCUCUUUGAACAAUUUCAGCGUGUGGCAAAUGCUUAUUUUGUUUUCCUACUAAUUCUGCAGCUCAUCCCUCAGAUUUCUUCCCUCUCCUGGUUUACAACAGUCGUCCCCCUGGUACUGGUGCUGGCUGUAUCUGCUGUUAAAGAUGCCCUCGAUGACCAUUAUCGACAUAAAAGCGACAAACAGGUCAAUAACCGAACAGUUCAGGUGCUUAGCAAUGGCAAAUUUACAAAUGAGAAAUGGAUGAAAGUACAAGUAGGAGAUAUCAUAAAGCUGGAGAAUGAUAAUUUUGUCACGGCAGAUCUGCUGUUACUGUCCAGCAGUGAACCCAACAGCCUCGCCUACGUAGAGACGGCAGAACUGGAUGGAGAAACUAACUUGAAAGUGAAACAGUCUCUGACCGUGACAGGAGAUCUUGGGGGAAACCUGGCAAAGCUAUCACAGUUUGAUGGGGAAAUUCUGUGUGAGGCUCCCAAUAACAAGCUGGACACAUUCACUGGGACGUUGACCUACAAAGAGCAGAAAUACUCUCUGGACAAUGGGAAAAUCUUGCUGCGCGGCUGCACAUUGAGGAAUACGGAUUGGUGCUUCGGGAUGGUCAUCUUCGCAGGUCCUGACACUAAAUUGAUGCAGAACAGCGGCAGAACUUCCCUAAAGAGAACCAGCAUUGACCGUCUGAUGAAUGUGCUCGUCCUUUGGAUAUUCGUGUUCCUGGCUAUCAUGUGCAUUAUCCUGGCCAUAGGCAAUGGCAUAUGGGAGUACAAGCAAGGAUAUUACUUCCAGAUCUAUUUGCCCUGGCAGGAGGGUGUAGAUAAUGCUGCAUUAUCAGGGUUUCUUAUGUUCUGGUCUUACGUCAUCAUUCUAAACACUGUGGUACCUAUCUCCCUCUACGUCAGUGUUGAGAUCAUUAGACUGGGAAACAGCUUCUAUAUUAACUGGGACCGUAAGAUGUAUUAUAUAAAGAAUGAUACGCCGUCUGAAGCUCGCACCACCACACUCAAUGAAGAGCUGGGUCAGAUCAAGUACAUCUUCUCCGACAAGACCGGGACCCUUACUCAGAAUAUCAUGACGUUCAAUAAGUGUACUAUCAAUGGCAACUCCUAUGGAGAUGUGUAUGAUUUUGCAGGAAACAGACUGGAAAUAAAUGAGUUCACAGAAAAGGUUGAUUUCUCUUUCACAUCAUUGGCUGACUACAAGUUUUCGUUUUAUGAUCACCGGCUUGUGGAAUCGGUGAAGCGGGGGGACGCGGAGAGUCAUGAGUUCUUCCGGCUCCUGGCCCUAUGUCACACAGCAAUGUCAGAGGAGAAGAACUCAGGGGAGCUGGUGUACCAGGCUCAGUCUCCUGAUGAGGGCGCUCUUGUCACUGCUGCCAGGAACUUUGGAUUUGUGUUUCGCUCCAGAACUCCUGAAACUAUCACAUUGGUUGAAAUGGAAGAAACCAAAGUGUAUGAGCUUCUGGCCAUCCUCGAUUUCAACAAUGAUCGCAAGAGGAUGUCUGUGAUUGUGAAGAGCCCAGAAGGACGCCUGACAUUAUACUGCAAAGGGGCAGACACAAUCAUCUAUGAACUUCUUGAGAACGGCUGUGAGAAUCUGAAGGAAAUCACCACUGAUCACCUAAACGAGUUUGCAGGGGAGGGUCUGCGCACACUGGUUCUGGCCUACAAAGAUUUGGACAGUAACUAUUUUGAAGAUUGGAAGCAACGUCACCAUGAAGCCAGCACAUCUCUGGAUGAUCGAGAAGAAAAGUUGGUGCAGCUAUACCAGGAAAUAGAGAAAGACCUGAAGUUACUUGGAGCCACUGCCAUAGAGGACAAGCUGCAGGAUGGUGUUCCUCAAACCAUAGAGACGUUAGCUAAGGCAGACAUAAAAAUCUGGGUACUCACAGGAGACAAGCAAGAGACGGCAGAAAACAUUGGCUAUGCAUGUAAUAUGCUUCAGGACGAGAUGAAGGACGUCUUUAUCAUUAAGGGCUGGAGUUCCGACGAGGUGCUGGAAGAGCUGAGGUCUGCACGGGCUAAAAUGAACCCACAGUCACUGCUGGAUACAAAUGAAGUGAAUAUUCUUAUUAAGAAUAAAUCCAAGAAAUCAAAAUUCCUUCCUGAUGAGGACAUGAGUGAAGAGGACUCUUAUGGGAUAAUAAUCAAUGGGCACAGCCUGGCCUAUGCCCUGGAAGAUGACCUGGAGGUGGAGCUGCUGAGGACGGCCUGUAUGUGCAAGGCAGUGAUUUGUUGCAGGGUCACCCCCCUGCAGAAAGCAAAGGUUGUUCAGCUGGUGAAGAAGUACAAAAAAGCUGUGACUCUGGCAAUCGGAGAUGGAGCCAACGAUGUCAGCAUGAUCAAAACGGCCCACAUUGGUGUCGGUAUCAGCGGGCAGGAGGGCACACAGGCUGUGCUGUCCAGUGACUUCUCCUUUGCUCAGUUCCGAUACCUGCAACGCCUUCUCCUCGUACACGGCCGCUGGUCCUAUAUCCGUAUGUGCAAGUUCCUACGUUUCUUCUUCUACAAGAACUUUGCCUUCACACUGGUGCAUUUCUGGUAUGGAUUCUUCUGCGGGUUCUCUGCCCAGACUGUGUAUGACGAGUGGUUCAUUACCCUCUACAAUCUGGUGUACACCUCACUGCCGGUUCUGGGGAUGAGUUUAUUUGAUCAGGACGUGGAUGAUCGCUGGAGUAUGGAUUUUCCUGGAUUGUAUAAACCUGGCCAGACUAAUACCUACUUCAACAUUAAAGAAUUUUUGAAGUGUAUGGCCCAUGGCGUCUACUGCUCACUUGUGUUGUUCUUUGUGCCAUAUGGUGCCAUAUAUGAUACGGUGCGGGAAGAUGGGAAAGCCAUCGCUGACUAUCAAUCCUUUGCUUUGGUGACCCAGACCACCCUACUCAUUGUGGUGUCCGUCCAGGUUGGUUUGGAUACUGCUUACUGGACAGCGGUAAACCAGUUCUUCAUCUGGGGCAGUCUCGCUGUGUACUUUGCUAUCAGCUUUACUAUGUAUAGUGAUGGCAUGUACUUGAUAUUCACAGCCUCAUUCCCAUUUAUAGGAACUGCCAGGAACACUCUGAGCCAACCCAAUGUCUGGCUGGCCAUCUUCCUGACUGCGGUGCUAUGUAUCCUGCCUGUGGUCAUCUACAGGUUUCUUUGGUCUGAGCUCCGGCCGAGCACCAGCGACAAGAUCCUGAAAAAGAUCACAGAGGCCAAGAAACGACCGUUACCUCCCCCACGCAGGGCCAAGAUCCGCCGCACAAGCUCUCGGCGCUCUGGCUAUGCUUUCUCCCACCAGCAAGGUUUUGGUGACCUUAUCACAUCAGGCAGGAACUUUAGGGCCAGAUCGCCCUUCCAUCAUAUGGGCAAGUUCUCUCCCAAUGAGAGAAGCCAUAAAACAAGCUUUGAGUAAAUAAAGAACAAUGUUAAAGACCACCAAGCCAAAAGACAGAGGGAGGACUUAUGGCCAGUGACAACAAAAGUAGUGGACUAUAGACAGCACCUCCCAUACUUUCCAUAGAAAACAGCUUGUGAAAUGACGGGAAGACAGGCCCAGUCUUGGAGUAAGUCGGGCGUAACUAUGGUGCAUAUCAUCUAAUGACAACAAUCAAGGCAGCUAUUUAAUAGAUUCUGGCUGCUCUGCAGUCUGAUUCAUUGCCUGAUCCUCAAUUUUAUACAGUCAGCACAUCCAUGACGUCUUUACUUUCAUUAGAAUUGCUUUUGGAAAAUCAGAAAUUCUCAUUGCACUGCAGGCCAAAAUGUGUGUCUCAACAUAUUGACCAGUCUGUGGGCACUACCGUAAAGAUAGUUGUCCACUUGCCUUUUUUUUAUAUCUUAUUGUGUAAAGCCUCACAGGGUCUGUAACCGUUGUAAAACAAUAUCUGAAAGCCAUGUUUUAGUUGGUGAAAGAUAUUACAUUGUUUCAUAUAAAAGUAUGAAUGCCUAAAGUUUAAUUAUUGUUUCACUUCUAGUCCACUACACAUCUUUAAAAAGUAUACAAUAUUAUACAUACAUUUCUUUAAAAUAAACUUUUUUUAAGCGUACAUGUUUUGCUAAGCUUCGACCAACCCUCUACUAAUUCCCCCCCCCCCCAAAAGAUUGAAAAUGAUAAGCCAAUCAAAUAGUUUAUUGUCUGAGCCAUUAGCGAGAAUUGGAGCUUACACUCAGAUGCUUAUUGCUACAGAAGGAGAAGACUUAAGCACCUCUGCAGAUUUACUUAGUCUCUUCCUCUUUGCCAUGGCAACACAGAGGUGUACAGUAAUGGCUUAGGGGUUGCCCCAAAAAUAUUGGAUAAAGAAUCUUUAGCCAUCAAGGCUUGUGUGUGUCUUGAAUGUCUGGCUUAGUGAUGCUGCUUUGUAACCCAGUUAUAUACCACCUUAUAUUCAGUAUAUUGUAAACUUGCCUGCACUGAUAUGUGUAGUAAACGCACGCUAGCGAGGGCUUCCCCAUCAGUCUCUGAUGGCUCUAUUCUGCCUGAUGUUAAUGGUGUCAAUGAAUACGCCAGCAUAUAAUGUAUAGAAUUUAUUUAAGGGUCUAUUGCACACAGACCAGUAUUAACCCUACUUGCCUAUACCACAUGAGUAAUCACUUCUUUAUUAGGGUACAUGCCAUUCGUGACAGCAGCCCAAGGCUUUCAAAAGGGUAACUCUAGGUAAAUGAAUCAUUUAACUGUUUGUUGAACUAAGCCACUUAUCUAAAACAAAAGGUAAACAGAUUCUUGUGUACAAGUUAGAAUUGAAAUUGAAAAAGCUUUUAUUUAAUAUUGUUUAAGCGAAAAAGUCAGAAUGUUUUGACUGCUGUUCCUAACGACAUUUUUGAGUACAUCGUCCCUUUAAAUAAAACCUGGUCAUAAAGGAACUAACAACACACUCCUGUUUUUGAAAAUAACAAAACAAUAAUUUGCUAUCAUCCAAUAAGAUUCUUUGAUACAGUGUAGUUGGUGGAAUUAAUGAGGCUCACACUCGCACUAUUGUGCAUCAAUAUCACUAGAGCACAACCGUUAACGCUGAUAUUUCUGUGCUCAUAUCACAAGUCUAAAGAUAGCGCUCGAGGGAUAGUCUAGUGCACAUUAACAUCUGCAUGUCGGAGAGUGAAGAUAACUAAACAACAAAAGUCACAUUUAAAAUUGUCAACAACUUUAAACCCAGCUCCUGUUUUACCUUUGACUGCUCCUCUUAACCCCCUAUACUACGUUAGAACCUGAAGGCACUGGGCUUUAACACUGUUAGGGAGGCAUGGAAUCUCCUACCUUUUGUGUCGUUCUGUACCCUCCUACUUUUAGGCAAUGGAAAAUCCAAAUGGCUAGUGUGGCAAGCAUCGUAGGCAGCCCCCAUGAUUCUGGCAUUGAAAUCACCUGAUUUAACUUUUCAAGCAAAUGUUUACUUCUGAACUUUCUUCCUAUAUUCAACACUUGCCCCCCCCCCCGUAUGAAGGGGAUAAAAAUCACUAUAAUGUGUAAACCUCCCUGUUUCAUACAAUAAAGAAUAACAGAAUGAAA